AUGGAAAUCAUUCCUCAAUCUGUCUCCGCGCCUACCGAACGCGUUGUACCAACUUUCAAACGGCCUUUGGGCCCAAAUGAACUAUCGUACUUUCUUCCGAGCCGCGCUUAUGGCCUCAACGACAUCUUCACUCGAAUAACAUUUUUCGCACCCGCCGAACUCAUUUCACCUUUUCGCAUCCAGGUCGCCUGGGCCGUCACACUGCUUCGGCAUACCCUUCUUGCGUCAACCAUUGAAAUGAAGCCAGGGGACUACGACGGCGCGGAGUUCGUGUAUACCCCACCAAUAGAUGCGCAAGACGCCUUUCGACAAGCUGGUGCUUUUAUCCAUUUCCACGAUAGCAAAUGCCGCCGGGAUCUUCUCGAUCGCGUUUAUAAUGGGCCCAGAAUGCUGCCUCCCGCCUCCCAAGGCCUGUCGAGACUUGAUAUCGCCCGUUUCGGCCAGGCGCCAGGAGAACCCGACGGGGUCCAUGAAUUUCAAUUGUUUUUCUGGACCCCGCAUUCCAUUACACAGUCUCCUGCGGCCCACCGGUGUCUCAACGGUAUUUUUGAGAUCUUGGCUGGCGGACACAAGAACACAACGAACCCACGGUCGAACGAAGAACUCUUGAAGUUGCUUGACGAGGAAUGGAGAACACGUUGGCCAAAUCGAACGCAAGAACAUCCUAUUCCGCCCUCUUCUGAGACGAGGAUGGGCCUUCUAGGGUAUGAAGAGCCCCUGAAGGAUGACACACCUUCCAAGGGCGGUCAAACGUUCCCUCGGGUUGUUCCCUCCAACACUUAUGGCAGCAUCCGUACCAUCCCACAACAAGUCAGCUUCGGAAACGUCGUCUUCGCUCUCAGUAAUCUGGCAUGGAAUCGUCUCGCUACCAGCCAUCCAGAGCUCUCUGCCCCUCGUUCGCCUCCGACAGUAAUGUACACAGCUAUUGGAUUGCGAGGGCUUGCUCCUGGACUCGAACUUUCUCCAACACCGACUUGUGACCCUUGGGACAUGUCUCUAACUCUUGGGUACCACACCGUCUCGCUUCCAGUUUCCGCCCAAGAAAGCCUGCCCUUUCUUUGGAAGCAGGCGCGACUUGCUCAGGCCCAAAUGCGCGAUUACACGCACGAUGAGCCAACAUCACUUCGUGGGCGCGUACUCACGACUGCUCUGGCGCGUGCGGAAAGGGCCAAAGCCUGGGCUCGCAUCGACGACGGCUUUGCCUCGACUCCGGCCGUGUCGAGCAAGAGUCAAGGAGCGCCAGCACUGCUUGGUAUAACACACACGGGGGAAACCAAGUCGGUGUACCGCACCUCGUAUUACCCAUCACUGAAGCUGAUCGAAACCGUUGGUGGCUCGCGCAAAGGACCGGGGGGCAUCCUUCUGUCGUCGCGCACGUUCUUGGGCCAGCUGAACCUUUGGCUGGCUUGGGACGACGCUGUUCGCCCGCCUGGGCUGCUCGAAGAAUAUUGGGGUCAUUUGGUCGACGGUAUGCAUCAGUAUGUUCUGGGAGAUGUUGCCCUGUGCGGAACAGCAGAAGAGGAAGACUUGAUACGUGGCGUGACGAUUAGUAGAUGUACCGCCAAAGCAAAAUUAUAA